GGUAGGAAUGCAGCUAUUCAGCCCUUAUCGAUAGGCUAUAACGUGAAGCAAGUCUCUCGCAAUUACCUUUCGAUAACACGCUCAGACUGCACGACUCCUGAAGUAGGCAAGCCGUCACCACCGCUAAAGCGGUGCUAGCUAGGGCUGCAAAUGUCUUACUCUGCUGGAGCUGGCAUCUUUGGAGGAACCUUGCGCAUGCGGAGUGCGUUCUUUCUUGCGGUGGUCCUAGUGGCUGCGUGGUCGGCGGGAAGCACCGACGGCGCGACUACAUGCACAACCAUACAGGGCUUUACGGUUACACCUGACAAGGACUACACGCCAGGCCCGCUCAACGAUGGCCUGCCGUCCUGCAAGGAGUCUUCUACUUUCAUACCGUUAUCAUUCUGGUUGUCAGUAUGUGAGGAUGAGAACGUCGACUGUAAUGCGUUGUCGUACGUUCCAAGUACUGAGACGGUUUGCUUCAGGAAGGGUAGAGCGCCCCUUGUAGAUGCACCUGGGACGUGCUUCUACACGGCAGACAACAUCACAACAGCUGACUGCCCGAGCAUGGAGGGAUAUAUAGCCACCCCGAAUGUGGACCUCAAUGUCAACCCGGAUGUGGAAUACGACUGCAUGUCCUUCAGUGCCAUCAAGGUUGUCCCUUCCUUCAUCACCGAAAACGGCGCCGCUGCUUUUUCCUUCACCCCUUUUACAACGACAAAGUAUGGGUGCGUUAAAUAUGUGACUGGGCCAUUCAUCGCGACGCCAGGCCAUUGCUUCUACACACCAGCACCAAGUCUGCCUUCCCCGCCUCCAAGUCCCCCACCCUCGCCCCCGCCCUCCCCGCCUCCGAGUCCCCCACCUUCGCCUCCGCCUUCCCCGCCUCCGAGUCUCCCACCUUCGCCCCCGCCUUCCCCGCCUCCGAGUCCCCCACCCUCGCCCCCGCCUUCCCCGCCUCCGAGUCCCCCACCCUCGCCCCCGCCUUCCCCGCCUCCGAGUCCCCCACCCUCGCCCCCGCCUUCCCCGCCUCCGAGUCCCCCACCCUCGCCCCCGCCUUCCCCGCCUCCAAGUCCUCCACCCUCGCCCCCGCCUUCCCCGCCUCCAUCACCGUCGCCACCCCCUCCUCCUCCUCCCCCACGUUCAAGGCCGCCACCGGUCAACAGCCCGUUACCGCCUAGCCAGGUUUCCCUUUCCCAACCGCCACCCAAUUCGCCAGCACCCAACCCAUCAGCCCCGCCGCCUCCCUCCCUGUCCACACCCCUGGCUACUGCAAGACCCCCACCACCUUCAAUCCCAUCUAGCAUCCUUUUUCCUCCUCCUCCCGUUCCUUGGCUAAUAACACCUUCACCCUUAUCUCUUCCCUCAUCACCCGCGCCUCCGCCGCCGCCUACACCAGCAGUCCCUUUCUCGCCUCCGCCUCCUCCCUCCCCGACACCACCCCCACCGCCUCCCUCCCCGACACCGCCCCCACCUCCUCCCUCCCCGACACCACCCCCACCUCCUCCCUCCCCGACACCACCCCCACCGCCUCCCUCCCCGACACCAACCCCACCUCCUGACGCGGUGAUGUACUGGGCUACAUCGGCUGCUGGUCCCAAUGACCCAUCCGGCUCCAGCACCAGCCCUGGCUCCGUGAGCCGCCUGGUGGGGGCGCCUGGUGCCGAUGUGACCAGGAAGAGCCGCACAUGCAAGGCAGCUGCUCCCCUCGCCUGGGUGCCGACACUCGCGGCUCCCCGUACCUUGGCGGUCUACUUCAACCAGACCCCGGCUGCCAAGGUGGGCCAGGUGGGGGCGGUGGCGCUCUACGUGCUCAACAAGGGCAGCCUCGACCCCGCCAUCACCGCCAUCGACCUGCUGCUGCAAACGGCCUCCACUCAGCAGCAGCAGUGGGCUACCAUGUACACGGGUGGGCAGGGGCAGCGGCCGCAGCUGACAUGCCCGGGACUCAACCACUUCCCACUGUCAGCCGCGGCGCUGGCAGCAGUGCAGCCGCAGCUGACGUCAGCGGAGGUGCUGGCGGCCGAGGUGGUGGGGGUACGGCUGCAUGUCAACGAGGACCACCUUACCAACAAGGCGGACCUGCCCCACCUGGCGGCUGUAGGACUGAAGCUGCUGCAGACCUGAUGAUGCCCAUGCAUGCAUGUAUGCUCGUCGACCCCGCCCUGUUCAUCACCCACAGCUACGUACUGCAGGAGACAGUGUUUUGGCGUUUGUCCAUUGAUGGGGUUCCCAAGGAAGAGGGUCGGUGUUUGCGGCGGGCUCGUGUGCGUGAGUCCGGUUCUGUGGGCGUUGUACCUGGGCUUGCUGAUCUAGUUGCCCUGCUGUCUGCUGUUUUGGUGUCAGCUUGGUUUCAAGGAAGCGUUUUGGCGUCUUCCUAUUGAUGGGGUUCCCUUGCUGGGGAAUUCUCAUAUGUCUAGGGCUCGUCCGGAAUGUUGUGGUUGUGGGUCCGUUGUCUUGGGGGUGUCUCCGCGGUUGCAUUUUUCUGGGCUUGUCCUGUUGCUCGUGCUGUGGUUGAGCAGCUUGAGGUAACGCUGGGUGUUGCGGUUCCUCGGGCUGCCUUGUGGUUGGCGUUGCCUCCUUCGGGCGUGCAGCAGUGCGUUUGGGAUGUUGUUGUUUUGGCUGCUUUGUCCGCUAUGGAGGAGGGUCGGCGGUUGUUACGGGCUCGUGUACGUGAGUCCGGUUCUGCGGGUGUUGCGUCUGGGCUUGCUGAUGUGGUGGCCCUGUCUGCUGUUUCCUGGUUCUGGGGUCAGCUUCGGGGUUUUGCUUGUUUGGGUGUUCCCCGUCGGGGAUGGGCUGGGGUUGGCCCUUUUCAUCCUUUCUUACGUUUUGUUGGCGGGCGGCUUUCUGUGUGCCGUUGAGCGUCCUGUUUUUGGCCCUGAUGUCUUUGGGGUGGUGUGUUCGUGGCUUCCGGUUUGGGUUGUCUUAUGCCCUAGAUGAGGUUUGUCGAGGUUUGCUGAGGGGCCCUUUUUUGGCUUCUACCCUCUUGUUUCCCUCCUGUGGUUUCUUUUAGGGCUAUGUAUCCCAUCUUGUUGGCCCGUUGUGGUGCUGUCUCUACGGUUUGUUUCGUUUCUUUUGCAAUGUAGGGUUGGGUUCAUCACCCGUGUUCCCUUUUAGGGCACCAAUGUAACGGUCAUUCAUUCAGCUCCCGGGUUUUACUUAUUUGGGCACCAAUGUAACGGUCAUUCAUUCAGCUCCCGGGUUUUACUUAUUUGAGUGUUCCUCGUCGGGCGGGCGGGGUGGGCUGAUCUUGGCCCUUCUCAUCCGUUCUUACGUGUUAGUGGUGGGGCGCUUUCUGCUGUAUUCGGUUGGUUGUUCGGUUUGGCCCCGUUUUCAGUUUGCGAGGUAGGGUGCCCCAGGCACCGUCUGCUGGCGUUUGAACGUAUACCUAAUCAUGUUGGGGUCCGGCUUUGAGGGCGAUGUUGUCAUGGUUCCUGGGUUGUGGUGUUUUUGGGGUCUGUGUAUGUAUGCGCCUGUUGCCCUAGUGCUUCCCGAGGUUUGCUGCUGAGGGGCCGUUUCUUGGCUUCUACCCACGCUUUUUGGCCUGCCCUUGAUUCUAGGCGCUCCGAUAGGCCGCGCCGUGGAAGCAAGGGAAAAGCCUUAGGGAACACCCUGGACUUAAGGUCCACGCAAAAUUUCCUAUUUAGGGAACAUCGCGCACGAAGCCAUAACAUUGUAACUGUUUCCAGACUAUUGCUAAAUGUAAGCC